CCAUCUUGGAGCGGUCGUCCCUCCUACUCUCUAGUUUGGUUCAGGCUUUUUCUGAACCAAACUCUAGAAAAAGCCUCAGCACUGCCGGAUAUUUUUGUUCAGAUCGACAGACUAUUGACGUGGGAUCUCGGGGGAUAAAGUUUCAUAAGACUGCAGAGGAUCCUCAUUGAACACACCUGUUUGUGAUUGAUAACCCCAACAUUUAAAUUGAUUGGAGGAGUUGGCUAUCACUCACAGGAAGAUGGGGUACCAAAGAAAAAGCAGAGUGGAUGUCCAUGUUUCCGCCUGGCAUCUGACCUCUACCCUCCUGCUUCUUGCUUUGGUCUUUCCUGCUUUCACCUGGGGGAACCUUUUCUGUAAUUUCUGCCCUUUGAUGCCCAAAAACGAACCCUGCUCAGUCAUCAACACGGAGUGUCCGCCCAACCAUCGCUGCGCCAGUUCCUGGGGAUGGGAAGGCUUCCGCCAUGUUCUGUCCUCCCAAGGCUGCUUGGAUAUCAAACUCUGCAACUCGCUGGAAAUGGUCAGAUAUCUGGGUCAACAGUACGACCUCAGUCACAGCUGCUGCUGUGGAAACAAAUGCAACCUUACACCGAGGGUCAACACCAGCCUGAUUAUAUCACUUUGGUUCAAAACCAGACCAGAUGAUCUCAUCUCCACUCUAAUGAAGACGCUCCAGAGUCCCUGCUCAAACCAAACCGCAUCGUCUUCUGAUAUGAAACUAUAACUGCGUGUUGGAAGACUGAGUGGACCAAGCCUUAGUUCUCAAAAGCAGAGUCACAUUUAAUCACAUGUUUGCAUGCUUUAACUUUGAUGUGAAAAUAGUAUUGAUGUUAUUAGUGGAUUUCCAACAUUUAACCCAGAGAGAAACUGUUGGCUUGUUCAUCCAUCCUCCUGACUGACUGUGGCCUCUGGUCAAUAAAGCAUCAUGAUGAAGAAACAAUUGUCUUGUUUAUUGGAAGCAGGUGUGCUUAAAGGUGUGACAUCU